AUGAUGGAAUUUAUUUUUAAGCUAAAGAUAAAAAAUGAAGUUUUUCAGAAUAAAAUGAAUGUAUUUCCAUUUAGUGGAAUGGACGUUUCACAGACACAAAUAAGUAAUCGGUAUUUAAGCCAUUUGUGCAAAAAUAAUAAUUGUAGAUAUAAUGCUUUAAAGAAUAAAAAUGACCAAACGAAUUCAAUUGCUUCAAAAGUUAAUUCAUGUUGUGGAAGGCAAAACAAGUGCAUAGGAAUGUAUUGUGACACAAAUAAGGACAAAAAUGCACCAGUAACAAUGAAUUCGGUUGAUGUAGCUAUAAUGCGCAAGAAAUGUUUUAAAGAACACAGACAUUUAACGGAGGAAGAGUUGUAUCAUUUAGUAAAUACAUUGGAACGUGUCCCAUAUAAGUGUGACAUGAAUAGUAUAUGGUGGCAACUGCGUUAUAUUGAAGCAUGUAAAUUUGAUAAUAUAGAGGAGAGAUUAUCAAAGCAUUUAAAUGUGCUGGCAAAAAAAUAUAAGGCAGAUGAUGCUUUUUUAGAAGAUAAAUUGGAAUAUUAUUCUUAUAUUAUAUAUAGAAGAAAGAAAGAACAUGAAGUUUUUUAUAAUAUGCGUUUUUAUGCUCUACUUGAUCGCGAAUCUUUUGAACUGAAGGAAUUUAUAGACAUUAUCAAUGAGAGCCGGGACGCAAUUAGCAAAUUUGGAAAUGAGUUGAUGAGCACAAGUGAAUCAUUGUUUAAAGAAAAGGGGAAAGAAAGAAAUGUUAUAAUUGAAAAAAUUAUGAACUCAUAUUUUGGUAAUGACUAA